UAGGAAACUCGUAAGUUUGGAAGCGUUGGAUCUUUCAUAUAACAAUAUGUCUGGUGUGAUUCCAAAGUCAUUAGAGGCACUUCAGCAACUACACUCCUUUAAUGUAUCAUUCAAUAGGUUACACGGGGAAAUUCCGAGUGGAGGACCUUUUGUCCAUCUUCCUUUCCAAUCUUUCAUGUCGAAUGAAGGAUUAUGUGGUAACCCUCAAAAGCAUGUCCCAGCUUGUCCUUCUAAUUCAAAGAAAAGAAGAUUGAUAUGGAUUUUAGUUGCCUCUUUGGUUAUCUUUGUAAUAGGGGUUGUUUCAUCAAUAGUUUUCAUAUUGAUGAGACGUCGGGUUAAAACAGUCAAUGCUGAAGAUGAGUGGUCGCCUGAGAUAGCGCCACAAAGAAUUUCUUACUAUGAACUUCAAAGAGCAACUCAGGGAUUUGAUGGAAAUAACUUGAUAGGUAGUGGAAGUUUUGGUUCUGUUUACAAAGGGACAUUGGCAGAUGGGAUGAUAGUAGCUGUUAAAGUUUUUAAUGUGCAGAUGGAAGGUACAUUUCAAACUUUUGACAGAGAAUGUGAAAUCUUGCGGACUCUUCGCCACAGAAAUCUCACCAAAAUCAUAAGCAGUUGUUGUAACUUGGAUUUUAAAGCACUGAUACUUGAGUACAUGCCAAAUGAGAGCUUAGACAAGUUGCUACAUUCGCGAGAUUAUUGUUUAAAUAUAAUGCAGAGAUUGAAUAUCAUGGUUGAUGUUGCAUCUGCUCUAGAAUAUCUCCAUCAUGGUUACUCAGUACCGGUUAUUCACUGUGAUCUGAAGCCUAGCAAUGUGUUACUUGACAAUGACAUGGUGGGACACCUAACUGACUUUGGCAUUGCUAAACUUUUGACUAAGGAAGAAUCUAUUGCUCACACUACAACCUUUGCCACUAUUGGUUACAUUGCUCCAGAGUAUGGUUUGGAAGGCAUUGUAUCCAAGAGGUCUGAUGUUUAUAGUUAUGGUAUCAUGUUGCUGGAAACCUUUACAAAGAAGAAACCUAAUGAUGAAAUGUUCGGAGAUUUGAAUUUGAGAAGUUUCGUGCAUAAUUCGCUUCCUGAUGAGCUGAAUAAAAUCAUAGAUGCCAACUUACUAACACUAGAUGAAGAAAACUUAAGUCAAAAGCUGCAAUGUGUAUCAGCAAUCAUGGAGUUAGCCAUGAAUUGCACAGCUAAUAUUGCAGCUGAAAGGAUGAACAUGACUAAUGUUGUAGCAGCAUUGAAAAAGAUCAAACAGAAGCUUUCUUCAUGUUAUCGAACGACCUUACGACAUGACAUCAGGUAUUUUAAUUUCAUAUUCGUUUUGAAAGAAAAAAGUUAUAAAGUUCAGUAGCAUUUGACCAUAUCAGUAGUUGUUCGACGUAGGCGGAUGUAGCAUGAAAGUUACGGGUUCACGUGAACCCAGUAGCUUUUGCUCAGACUCUAUAUACUCAUGUACUAAGAAAUUCUAAACUAUCUAUAAAUAUUUGACUCUUAUCCCAGUUAUUGUUGUAUAUUAACUUGAGAUCACUGCAGGAACCAAUAAACUUCAAAUUCUAGAUCCGCCUUUGGUUGUUCGUCGAAUGUUAUUGCUGGAUUCUAUAGUUAUUGGAAGUUAAAGGAUGGAGGCUCAUCUACAUAGCUUGUGUACCAUUUUCUUUUUCUUGACGAUCCAUAUAUUUUUAAGAAUUUAAAACUUUAUACUUCAAUUCUUGCAUAACAAUAAGUAUUUUUUCCUUUUCCUUGUUCUUUACUAAUCUAAUAUUAUACUACUCCAUGGCAUGUCAUACUCUGUAUUUCUUGUGUAGCAACAAAGAGCCUUUCCUCUACCUAAUUCUCUCAACAUAUCAUCAACAUCACAAUACCACUACUUGUUAGCACUAGUGGCAAAGCCAAAAAUUUCAUUAAGAAUGUUCAUAUUUGACCUAUAUAUACAUUAUAAUUUUCCAGCAAAAGUGAAAGAUGGUCAAUUGACCACCCUUCGCAUGUUGUAGCUCCUCCCUCGGAGAGAUUUAUAGGAUAAUUUUUAGCAGAAUGAUCUCUGCCUACCUAUGUUGCUCGGACCCUCUGAAAAUUUCUCCGGGUGCGUGUCGGAUCCUUCAAAAGUAGUGUAUUUUUGGAGGAUCCGACACGGGUGAGGCAACAUUUUGAAGAGUCCAUGCAAUAUAGCUGCCUACUAUCGACCAAUUCAAGAACUCCAUAUUGAUGACCACAAUAAAAUUACGGCACUGCCAAAUCAACUUUAUUUUUUUGACUGGAGAAAAACAUUGUAAACUAUUCAACAGUAUCGAGACUGUAACAAUAUGCUACCAAACUCGCAACAGGAAACGUCUUUAAUUAUAUGUUUUCAUUCCCCCGCUCUAAUUCUCGCGUUCAUGGAUGGCACGGAGGUGGAAGAAUAAACAUUUCAUAUAGCCAGAAAAAC